UCUCGCUUGCCGCUCAAAUUCUCUGGCUCUCUCUCUGCUCUGCUUCAACUUGGGCUUCAAUGGAGCGACCGUCAUCUGAUAAAGCUAAACAGACUGACGAGGACCGAAUAGUUCUUGAGCUAUCUGAAAAUGACCCCCAUUUUGAUAAAAAGAAGAAAUUACUUCAAAAUAUGGGUUUUAAUACCGAGGAACAGAUUUUUCUUAAGAGCUCUUCAUGUCCCAAUUGGAUAAGUUCGACCUUGAAAGCAAUGCUUCAGAUAGCAAGAAUCAUACACUUAAAUGAGGUAGAACUUUAUUUUGGCGAGGGUGAUACAUGUUCACCAAUGGAAUUUUACAGCUCCAGGAAUGAGCUGGAAGCUCUUAAUUCUAUCCUUUCACUUCUUGACAUACAACUCUCUAGUGAUAAGUGCAUGCAAAUGAAUGUCCUGCAAGAAUUACGGGAAGCAAUUAUUGGUAUGAUCCAUGAUUUUGGGGGCAAGAACAAUGUGAAGACUACAAUUUUAGAAACUCAAAGCUGUGAGAAAGAAGAAUGUUUGUCACGAUGGGGUGAAAGCAAUGGCAUGAGGACAAGGUUGCAGAUAGCUUAUGUUGAAGGGGCUGGCAGAGGAGCCAUAGCAAGAGAAGAUCUAAAUGUUGGAGACAUUGCUUUGGAGAUCCCUGUAUCUAUUGUCAUUUCUGAGGAGCUAGUGCGCAUAUCUGACAUGUUUCAUAUAUUAGAGAAGAUUGAUGGCAUCUCUUCAGAGACAAUGUUAUUGUUGUGGAGCAUGAAGGAGAGGCACAAUUGUGAUUCAAAAUUCAAGAUUUACUUUAACACGCUUCCAGAAAAUUUCAAUACAGGGUUGAGCUUUGGAGUUGAAGCAACUGUGGCUCUGGAUGGGACCUUGCUGUUGGAAGAGAUAAUACAAGCAAAAGAGCACUUGCGUACUCAUUAUGAUGAGUUAUUUCCUGCACUGUGUGAUAAUCAUCCUGAUACAUUUCCACGGGAACUAUACACAUGGACGCAAUUCUUAUGGGCUUGUGAACUCUGGUACUCGAAUAGCAUGAAAGUAAUGUUCCCUGAUGGAAACCUGAAGACAUGCUUAAUUCCUAUUGCUGGCUUUCUUAACCAUUCGUUAUACCCACACAUAUUGCACUUUGGCAAAAUAGAUCCUGCAACAAAUUCCUUGAAGUUCUGUCUCUCAAGACCAUGCGGUGCAGGAGAACAAUGCUUUCUUAGUUAUGGGAACUUCUCUAGUUCUCAUCUAAUUACCUUGUAUGGCUUUUUACCACAAGGAAACAACCCAUAUGAUGUCAUUCCACUGGACAUUGAGGCUGCACAGGAUGAUUGUGCUGAGGGUGGAUGCACAUCCAACUGGGGCUCUCACAUGGUGCGGGCUACUUGGCUCUCGAACAAUCGCGAUAUUUUCUACUACGGCUUGCCAUCGCCAUUAUUGGACUGUCUACGGAGAGCUUGGAGUCCUAUGCUGCAGACCAAGACCUUACAACAAGAAAGCUUGGAAAAUGAAAUGGAAAUUCUUAAACACCUUUGCUCUAUCUUUGGCAAGAUGAUGGACGAUCUUGGUGAUGGAGAUUUGGAUGACAGAAGAAGCGAGAAUUGGGAUGUAAGGCUGGCAGUGGAGUUCAAAGAUCGACAAAGAGGAAUCAUCUCUUCAAUUAUAACUUCAUGCCUUUCUGGUUUGAAGCAAGUGGAACAAGAAUGUCGCAAAUGCAUGGGUGAGGACACCCUUGGGUAGAUGAGCUGGCUUCUGCUAGACCACACCAUACAAUACUGUGAGUGUAUCAUAAAUCUUGUUCCUAUCAAUCAAAAUCAUGCGACUUGAUCAUUUAACCAAUCGGUGUCUGAUGACGUGGCAGCAUAAGCCUGGAAUAUUACUAAUAAAUCUCAAUUUGAAAU